CGGAUGGAGCGUCUGCCGGCGGGCGCCGCCGUGGCGGUGGCGGGGGGUCCUCCGGGCGCCCCCUGCGGGCCCUGGGAGAUGCGCGAGCGGCUGGGCACGGGCGGCUUCGGCAACGUCUCCCUCUACCAGCACCGGGACGUGGGGACGAAGCUGGCCAUCAAGGCGUGCCGCCUGGAGCUGAGCCUGAAGAACAGGGAGCGCUGGUGCCACGAGAUCCACAUCAUGCAGAAGCUGAACCACCCCAAUGUCGUGAAAGCCUGUGAUGUGCCUGAAGAAAUGAAUUUCCUUGUAAAUGAUGUCCCCCUUUUGGCUAUGGAGUAUUGCUCUGGAGGAGAUCUGAGGAAGCUAUUAAACAAGCCGGAAAAUUGCUGUGGACUCAAGGAGAGCCAGAUUCUUUCUGUUCUUAGUGACAUUGGAUCUGGCAUCCAGUACUUGCAUGAAAACAGAAUCAUACACAGAGACCUGAAGCCUGAAAACAUUGUUCUUCAGGAUGAAGGAGGAAAGGUAAUUCACAAAAUCAUAGACUUGGGAUAUGCCAAAGAUCUGGAUCAAGGAACCUUAUGCACGUCUUUCGUUGGGACUUUACAGUAUUUGGCUCCAGAACUCUUUGAUAAUAAGCCCUACACCACUUCUGUAGACUUCUGGAGCUUUGGGACUGUUGUCUUUGAGUGCAUCACGGGAUUCAGACCAUUUCUGCACAACCAGCAGCCUUUUACCUGGCAUGAGAAAAUCAAAAAGAAGGAUCCAAAAUUCAUCUAUGCCUGGGAAGAGAUGAAUGGGGAUGUUCGAUUUUGUGCUCAUUUGCCGCAGCCAAACAGCCUCUGCAGUGUAAUUGUGCCUGAGAUGGAAAGUUGGCUGCAGUUGAUGCUGAACUGGGAUCCACAGCAAAGGGGCGGAGCUGCAGACCCAGUGAGGGGUCAGUUGAGAUGUUUCCAAGUAAUGGAUCUUCUGUUAGGCAUAAAAAUUGUCCACAUCUUAAACAUGACUUCUGCCAAGAUCCUGUCGUUCCCAUUGUCCCCUGAGGAAAGUCUCCACUCCCUCCAGUGUCGGAUUGAAUCUGAGACCGGCAUCUGCACUGUCAACCAGGAGCUGCUGCUGGAGAUGGGGAUUUGCCUGGACCCCCGGAAGCCGGCCUCUCAGUGCAUCAUCGACGGCGUGAGGGGCUGGGAUAGCUACAUGGUUUAUCUGUUCGAUAAAAGCAAAACUAUCUACGAUGGUCCCUUUGCUUCUAGGAGUCUGUCUGAAUGUGUGAACUGCAUUGUACAGGACAGCAAAAUCCAGUUGCCCAUUUUACGACUGCGUAAGAUAUGGGCUGAAGCUGUGCAUUACGUGAUGGGGCUAAAAGAAGACUAUAGCCGACUGUUCCAGGGGCAGAGAGCUGCAAUGCUGAGUCUUCUGAGGUACAAUGCCAACUUAACCAAAAUGAAGAACAACAUGGUGUCGGCAUCGCAGCAGCUGAAAGCAAAGCUGAAGUUCUUCCAGCAGAGCAUCCACCUUGACUUGGAAAGAUACAGUGAUCAGAUGACCUAUGGGAUUUCCUCCGAAAAAAUGCUGAAAGCUUGGAAAGAAAUGGAGGAGAAGGCCUUGCAGUGUGAACAGGCUGGAGAUAUUGGCUACCUGGACGACCAGAUCAUGGCUCUGCAUACGGAGAUUGUAGAACUGCAGAGGAGCCCCCAUGCACGACGUCAAGGCGAUAUCAUGGAAAAUCUUGAACAAAGAGCUAUAGAACUCUACAAGCAGUUGAAGCCCAGGGCCCCAGAUCAUUCCUACAGUGACAGCACAGAGAUGGUAAAGAUCAUCGUGCAGACUGUUCAGAGCCAGGACUGGGUGCUCAAAGAACUCUACAGACAUCUUAGCAAACUGUUAGGUUGUAAGCAGAAGAUAAUUGAUCUGCUGCCAAAGAUUGAAGUGGCUCUGAAUAAUAUCAAGGAGGCCGACAGCUCCGUGAUGCAGAUGCAAGGGAAGAGGCAGAGGGAAAUCUGGCAUUUGCUAAAGAUCGCUUGCACUCAGAGUUCUGCUAAAUCCGCUAGUUCCAGCGUAGAUGCAUCCCCAACAUCCACAUGGCUUGCCCAGACAUCUCCAGGAAAUGCACUUCAACCUCUUUCUUCUGUGGCAGCCUCUAGAAAUGAGGCUCCCUUUUCACAGCUGAUUGAAGAAAAUCUGAGCUACCUCAGCAGUUUUAGCUCUGUGAUACAAGAUGCCGUGGGUGACCGGAAUAGCAGCGUGAUGAGUCUUGAUUGGAGUUGGCUCAAAUAGUGGAGUGUGGCAAGCAGAACGCUGAGAGCAGCCUGCAGGAGGCAGAGGAUCAUCGCCGCCAUUUUGCAGGGAUUAUGGGCUGCACCUGGCCAGAGUAGCUCACGGCUGCACAAGUCAUCCCCCUGCAUCCAUAUCUGAGUCGUGGUCCCUGCUCCUUUAAGAUCAGAGCUCUACAACUGCUGUGACGCCAGCCACAAUCCCCCCCCUCCACUUGCAAGGGCACUGCUGUCCCUGGAUCAGAGGCUGAGCCGGUGCCUCUGCCAGGUCGCCUGGUGACCUGUGGCACCUCUUGGAACAUGGCUGGCCCACCUGCCCGCCUCCUGAGCACAAAGAGAGAUCGCGCCGUCUGGAUGGAGCAUCUGCUGCCUUAGAGCCCAGGAUGGAAACACACCGAAAACAGGACAUGCUGCCCUGUAACAGGAACAGAUCAUGGACUCUGACUAAGACGGAGACGAAAGAGAAGGCAUGCGACGAGAAGCCCACCCCCAUAAACAAUUCAGCGUGAGCUCUGGGUACCAGUGCUGCCUCCUCUCUUUCGUCUCGAGAUGAUGGGUGCUUGUCUUCCUUUAAAGCAUCACUGGGUAUAUUUUGUUGUAUAUUAGCUGUGUUAAUUUUUUUGUAUUUUAAAAUGAUUUAUUAUGUGACCUUACCUGAAAUAGACUGGGUUAGAAACAAAAAAUAAAACUUCCCUCAGCACUGGG